GCUCAUAUUGAAGCUCCUAUUUCUGGUUCUAUGGUGUUAGCAAGUGUAUUACUAAAACUGGUUUGUGAAGGUUCUUUGGAAUUAGGAAUUUUAAUUUCUAUGGAAAUGGUACGUUCUCAUGGAAAUGAUUAUUUAAAUCUUUUAUGGUGUUGCAAUGAUAAAAUUUAUUGUUAUGUUUAUAUUUAUAAUUUCUCUUUCUUUUUUAAACGGAGUAUUUUGGUGAAUGGUUCAGUUUAUAUUUUUUUGAUAGCUUUUUUAUAUAUGUUAUGUAUUAAUUUGAGUGGAAAUGUUGAAGGUUUAGGUUGUAUAUUAGGAUAUGAUUUGUUAUCUUACGGUUUAAUUUUAUUAAGAAUUUGGAUUUGUGGUUUGAUGAUUAUGGCAAAAAUUUCAGGUAGAUUAAAUCCUACGUUAUUUUUAAUUUUAGGAUGGGGUUAUCAGCCUGAUAGUGUUGAAGCUGGUUUUUAUUUAUUAUUUUAUACGUUAUUGGCUUCUUUACCUUUAUUAAUUAGGUUAUUAAGUUUUUAUGAAGCAAAUGGUACUUUAUGCUUUAUAAUUGCUAUAUUUUUGGCUCAUAUUGAAGCUUCUAUUUCUGGUUCUAUGGUGUUAGCAAGUGAAUUACUAAAACUGGGUGGUUAUGGAUUGAUGCAUAUUUUUAGAGUUAUGGUAUUUUAUUGUUUAAAGUAUCAUUUUGUUCAGAUUGGUAUUAACUUGAAAGUAUGUCAACAUCAAGUUGAUUUGAAAUCAUUAAUUGCUUAUUUAUCUGUUGUUAACAUUGGUAUGGUUUUGGGUAGUUUAAUGCCUUUAAAUUCUUGA